CAUGGCCGGGUCAGGAGGGCAAGGCUCUGGGAACACCUUUCCCAGGGUGUGACCUUUGACAAGUCAGGCCCUCGCCCUGGCAUCCCUUCCAGCCGGAUAUUCUGCGGCUCCAGAUAUACCUCCAUGAAUAACAAUCUGGAAGGCCAGGUUCCAGUUUGGAAUUCUUGUAUUCCUCAGCGUUCUGAGCAGGUAGGGAUUCCACAGCUGGGUGGUUCUAAGCCACCGGGUGCGUGAAAAGCUGCGGGAUGCUGUUCCUGCUGCUGCAUGCGGUGGUCCUCGGCCUGCCCAGCGCCCGGGCCGCCGAGGGCGCCUGCGCGAGCGCCUGCCCGGCCGCCUGCGUCUGCAGCAGCGUGGAGCGCGGCUGCUCGGUACGCUGCGACCGCGCGGGCCUCUUGCAGGUGCCGGCCGAGUUCCCGUGCGAGGCGGCCUCCAUCGACCUGGACCGCAAUGGCCUGCGCUUCCUGGGCGAGCGGGCCUUUGGCACGCUGCCGUCGCUGCGCCGCCUGUCGCUGCGCCACAACAACCUGUCCUUCAUCACGCCCGGCGCCUUCAAGGGCCUGCCGCGCCUGGCCGAGCUGCGCCUGGCGCACAACGGCGACCUGCGCUACCUGCACGCGCGCACCUUUGCCGCACUCGGCCGCCUGCGGCGCCUUGACCUGGCCGCCUGCCGCCUCUUCAGCGUGCCCGAGCGCCUCCUGGCCGAGCUGCCCGCCCUACGCGAGCUCGCCGCCUUCGACAACCUGUUCCGCCGCGUGCCCGGCGCUCUGCGCGGCCUAGCCAACCUGACGCAUGCGCACCUGGAGCGCAGCCGCAUCGAGGCCGUGGCCUCCAGCUCGCUGCUGGGCCUGCGCCGCCUGCGCUCGCUCAGCCUGCAGGCCAACCGCGUCCGCGCCGUGCACGGCGGCGCCUUCCGCGACUGCAGCGCUCUGGAGCACCUGCUGCUCAACGACAACCUGCUGGCCGCGCUGCCGGCCGAUGCGUUCCUUGGCCUCCGCCGCCUGCGCACGCUCAACCUGGGGGGCAACGCGCUGGGCCGCGUGGCGCACGCCUGGUUCGCCGAGCUGUCUGAGCUCGAGCUGCUGUACUUGGACCGCAACCGCAUCGCCUUCGUGGAAGAGGGCGCCUUCCAGAACCUCUCGGGCCUCCUGGCCCUGCAUCUCAACGGCAACCAUCUCACCGUGCUCGCCUGGGCAGCCUUCCAGCCCGGCUUCUUCCUGGGCCGCCUCUUCCUCUUCCGCAACCCAUGGCGCUGCGACUGUCGCCUGGAGUGGCUGCGGGACUGGAUGGAGAGCUUUGGGCGCGCCACCGACGUGCCGUGCGCCUCCCCGGGCUUCGUGGCCGGCCUGGACCUCCGCCAGGUGGCCUUUGGGCGCUCCUCCGACGGCCUCUGUGUGGACCCCGAGGAGCUGAACCUCACCGCGUCCAGUCCACGCCCGUCCCCAGAGCCAGAGACCACCACAGUGAGCAGGUUCAGCAGCCUCCUCUCCAAGCUGCUGGCCCCGAGGGCCCCGGUGGCGGAGGCGGCCAAUACCACCGAGGGGCCGGUCAACUCCUCGCUGUCCGACAGGCUUCCCUCCCGGGGGGUGGGCAGCUCGGGCCACAAGACACCGUUUCUCCUGGGCUCUGGUCUUCUGCUCGGCGUGGCCCAGCAUGUGGUGCUUGUCCUCCAGAUGGACUGACUGUGCCACACUGGGGUGGCCCAGAUUGCCUUGCCAGGCAAGGGAGUUUAG